GUUGUUAUUGACCGAUGCAUAUAACGUGGGCAUGAGGUAUAGGGUUACUUCAGUAAUUUUAACAUGGGCUAUACAAAAUGACGGGCAAUAGUUAAGUCAUUAUAUCUUUUAUUCAAACUCAUUUAUACACUGCCUGAAUACCAACGAAUAGAUAGAUUCACUUUGGAAACAGUUUGAGACUGUCCUUUUGAUGCAGUGGCAAAGUUAACUGGCGAGGUAGCCAUAGCAGCAUCGUCGAUCACAAACAUGUUGUUGGAUGUGUUACAAGGAGCAGAAGCAGGAACUUUCAUCAUAUUUCUAGACUCCGUGAAUUUUUCGGGUCGCAGUCUGCUGAAGGGUUAUAUAAAUGCUGCUCUGAAACGGGAAGACGUGGUCCAUGUCCUGGAGUUGGAGGUGAGUGAGGAGGAACUGCGUGCAGGAUUGGAUACUCAGUGUGCCCGAAGGAUGUAUUUCCACGGUGGAUUUGCUGACCCUUUGGGCUGGAUCAAGCGUUCAUCAUUCACCGUUCCUCAGUUCACCUCUGAGGACAUACUAACCCUGCUUACACCAGUACAGCAAUCCAAAUCUGCAGUGUUAGUCAUUGACUCACUCUCUUGGCUUCUGAGGCACCUUGAUCCUGUAGUUAUCUGCAAACGACUUCAGGAGAUAAAGAGAGGGGGUGCUGUUAAAACAAUCAUAGGGCUCCUGCACUCUGACAUGCACCAGACUAGUUUGGUGGGAAGCGUGUGCCACCUGGCUACUACAGUCAUCUCACUGGGACCCAGGACUCAGGGACAGUGGGCUUUAGCCAAGACAACAAAACGUACAAAAUCAGGAAAAGUUCUGCAAGAGGAGGAGCUGUUUAGUAUCCAAGAGGAUCUGACCGUGCACAGCAGAGUCAGUCACACUGUGCACACCCAGGCAGAGCCCGACUCCGUUGAGGCUGAUCCAAUGGCCAACUUGACCUUUAACCUUCGUCUAUCAGAAAUGGAGAGAGAGGCUAAAGAGAAAGUGGCCUUACCCUUUGUCUUCAGUCAAGAAAAGAAGUCUGCUCUACUCCACCCAGGACAAGGUGCAGGUCAAAUCAUGUACGAGCCAGACGCAAAUGACGACUUUGACCAGGAAGAUCCUGAUGAGGACCUUGAUGUCUGAGGAAUAAAAUCAACCUAUUUUUAUAUUUAAUAUACUUCUACAUUAAACUAACCAAGAAGGGCAUGUACCAGUAAUAUGCUGCUGUUGAUGAUCGUAGCAUGAACAGCUGUUUCUGAGGGUCCUCACCCCAUUGGUUUCCCUUCCAGGCUGAUGACAAGAUUUUUUUUUGAGAACUGAACCACAGUUAAACAAUCUGUUUUUAUGUAACUGUAAUGUGGUUAGGGUAAAAUGGAUGUUUUUUUUUUUUCAGAUUCUAGCUGUUCACCACAAGAUGGUGCUGUGCUUCAUAUGCAAGGCAUUUACCUGGCAAACUUUCAUUUAUCUACCAAGUGAUGUUAAUUAUGUGAUAUGUGGAAAGCCCUCUUGCAGUUUGUAACUUGCGUUGUAGUAGGGAACAAACUUGUAGUUCAUUUUGCCAAGGAAGUAUGAAGUCUGAGGAUAUGUUUUGCAGUUCAUGUGUGUUGCUAGUGAUUUGCCACUAGUUGACAUCUUGAAUGAUUGUCUGCUUUGUGCCACUAUCAAGAAUUCUGUUUGGGAACGCUGCACCGCAGUCAUAAGGAGAUAUGAAGUGCCAGUUCCUUCAUUUUUGGACUAGAGUGUGUCUGUCAGAACUGCAACUUUUGUAGUUGUUGUUUCAUCAACCCAUUAGUUUAUUUCAUUAAAAUCUUAACACAUUGUCAGAGGGGGAAAUGGGUGAAAGGUUAAUUUGAGACUCAAUGCAACCUUCUUUCUUUUUUUUUUACACAUACCAACAGUCCAUCCCCAUCAAAAUGUAGCCAUGUACACAGAUGGUCACACACAUACACACAUACACAUACACAGGCUCCGACUCAGAACUGUUUGCUCAGCUUGCGACUCUGCCGCUCACGAGCCUCAUAGGUGGCCUUUGAGUCAAGCAGCUCCUCCAGUUGCCUUCUCAUGCGCGCCAUGUCCAGCUGAGUGGCCUCGCACUCCUCCCGCAGCUCCUGCAUCUCCUCGCGCAGAUGUGCCGCCGCUGCAGCCAGCUCUGUGCUGCGCUCUUGGCACUGCGACUGCACACGUGCAGCAUCCGCCAGCAGAGACCCCACGCUGCUCACGACCGACUCCACCUGAGACUCAGACAUCCCCGACUACAGUGACACAAGGACAAGAAAUGGUGACGCGAUAAGGUGGGGAAAAUACUCUGAAAUUAUGAGGAUACACUCUGCUCCAACAGUAAAGUGUUUUGUGUCAUCUGUGAA